GGAGAGCACACACUUUACUUAGGCGCAGUUUACUUAUUGCAACAAAAGCAAAUCAACAGAAAGUUACAUAUAUAAGUUUCAUGCAAAUUAUUCCAUCAUUUAUCUAGUGGCAAUUUUUGGUCACCAGGACAGUCAAGAGUGUGGAGUUUUCGGAAUUUUUAAGUAUCAACAUUUAAAGAACACUUCAACAAAGAUCCAAGGAAUGCUGUGAUUCAUAACCUGUACCAAGAAAAUUAAAAAUGAGUCUCAUGAAAGAGCGCAAACCAAAGAAACCUCACUACAUUCCUCGGCCUCCAGGAAAGCCAUUUAAAUACAAGUGUUUCCAGUGCCCUUUCACAUGCAAUGAGAAAUCACAUCUGUUUAACCACAUGAAGUACAGUUUGUGUCAAAAUUCUAUCUCUUUAGUGACAGACCAGGACCAAUUAGAAAAAUGUACAAAACUGAGUGCUGAUGUAACCAACAUACCCAAUCAGAAAGACUCUGCACCUAAUGUGAACCUGGAUUCAAGGCUGUCAAACAGUAAUCACUUUCAAAGUUCAGACUACAAUAAAUCUGACAAAACUACAAGCCACCAGAUCAUCGAUAAAGAAAUGAAAGAAAGCACCAGAAUGGAUGAGCAAACUUCAACUACAGUUACAAAAACAAAACAGAAGGAACUACUUCAGAAAAUUCCUAUAGAAAAUGAAACUGAACAAGCACGAUCUUUUGAAAAACAUGAAAGGUCUUCAGCUUUCUUGCCUGUUAGGGUAAUGAAAUUCACUGAUAGCUCAGAAAAAGACAAUGAGAAGACAACCUUUACUUCAGAAAAUACAAACAGGACAUCCACCAUCCCAAAGAAGUCAGCUUUUUAUAGCCCUGGUGACCAACAUAGAGUAUGUCCUACUUCAACUUCACCAGAGCUUUCCAGGAAGUAUGCUGGAAAUAAAUAUUUUGGUUCAAUUCCUCCAAAUUCAUCACCAUUGAUUCCAGAUUAUACCCAUCAUUAUUACAAUGAACGUGGGUUAGGAGUAGUUUUUUCACCCUACCUACUCACUGACAAACCUCUUGAAUAUGACCAUCCAGGAGUUUCGUUCUAUUUUUCUCCUGAACCGCAGAAUUUCUUAUCACCUCAUCUACAAAACAGGGGCAUGAUUUUGCCAAGACACGUUGUUCCAUCGAUAUUAGAGCAGUACAAAAUUCAACAUCAUUCACAUCUUCCCAUUCCUUAUGGUGUCCAUCAUCUGAACUCAGCUGAAUAUGACAUCUCUCAGUUUGGUCUAAAGUCUCAACAAGCACAUAACUUCAGCAGAAAUCAAGAUAAACACCUGUCAGUUGGUAAGCCUUCACUGGAUGAAACUUCACCACCACCAGAAUUAUACUUCCUGAACUCCCACAGAAGACUUUAUAGUGAAUUGCAGAAUCCUAUUCCAACAUCAUUAAGAAAAGAUAAUGAGAGCAAAAUAUUAGGAAUGAAUAGCAAUUUACACACAGGGGAAAAAAGUACAAAAAUGAGCCCUAAAGCAGGAAGUGCUGCAAUGGGCUCUCCAGGUCGACCAAGCCCAACGAUGCAUGUUCAAAAAAGCACGGUUUCAGAAAGUUGUGGAAAAUUGCCCAAAUUUGUUUCAAACUCAAAUAAUAAAACUAAUAGACUUGAUGAAAGCUUCACAACCUUUAAAUCAGUCCGAAGUACAGUGGACCUACAAUCAAAUGAAGCCCAUGUUCAACAUGACCAACCAGAAAGUCAAGGAACUGUUGGCAGAACUCUUUCACCCAAUGACGACUCUACAUAUAAUCCAAUUUAUUCUAAUGUUACCAUUUUGGAUUACUACCAUGGCAAUACUUUGGUACCGACUGACUUAAGUUCAACUCGCAUGAUACCACUAAACCUUUCCAAAAAGAAUAAAGCAAAAUCAGAACCAGAUCAGCCGCCUGGAUCUACAAAUAAAAAUCUUGCACAGGAUUCAAAGGAAGAUGCAUCACAUGACAAUCACUUCCUUCUGGUUCAAGAGUUUGAAACUUCCAAGAUACAGGAUGUACCUUUAAAUCUUUCACUUAAAGUUAACAACCAUGAGUGGAAAACGGCUGAAGAUUCUAUUCCAUUUGAUGUCAAUUUCAAUGACUCAAAGGCACAAGUAAAAAGCUUAAAUGAUAACAAGCUUAACCAUUCAUCAAACGACCUGAAUUUUGACAAAAUUUGCUACAAAACAAAUCAAUGUAAAAGUCAGGCAGAAAAAGCUGCAAACUUGCAAACAGAAAAUGUUGUCAAAUGCACUGAAAGCUGUAACGAUGAACAGAAGCAGUCAGCUGCUGUGGCUCUUUGUCAGUUAGCUGGAUGUAACGAAAGAAAACAUAAUGAGGAAUGGUCAUUUCCACUAAAUGAAGAGCUGGCUCAUAAAAAGGAACCAAGCUAUGAAAGAAAGCACAAAUGCAAUUCCCCUGCAGUUGAAAAAGUAGGAAAACAGAAAUCAAGGUAUCAGAAAAGAUCAAAUGAAGAAAGAAUGAACACACAUUCAGACAAAAAGAUUAGUGAUUGUGAUAGAAUCUUCAGUCUGAGAAAGAGAACUAAAGUUGCAUAAAACAGUACAUCUUCAGCUGAAAUAAACAAGAUUAAUUACUGAACUAUGUGAAGUUGAUGGCAAAUGUUGCUGUCAACAAUUAGUCACAAAAAUAUGGAACAAACCUGGAACGUGUGUGUUUAAGGUCUUUAUUUCAUUUUCAACUGUACACACUAUAUCAAACUGAAUAAAAUAUUAGAAUGGAACAAUACAUCAUAUGAUUGAAGUUAACAGCUCAUGUACUUUCAGUUUGAGUGGUACAGUUUGGUUAGAUGGUACAGUUUGGUUAGAUGGUACAGUACUAUGUUUACAAGGCUGAUAGACAUGGCAUGGAAAGGAUUAAAAAUAAACAAGAGACAAUCAACCUCAGAAGAUCUUUUUUUUAAUUUAGAGCACAUUCUUCUUAAAUAUAUAAAGAAUAUAUCCAAGUGAAAAGAACUUCAUUAUACAAAGUUGCCAAACAAUGUAAAUCCCAAAAAUAUAAAUUAUUUGAUUAUUUCUCUGUUGUUCAACUACCUCACAAGAAAUGAGUAGCAUGUUUCACUUUUUUGUAAAAUGUCCCAAGUAGCCUUUAGAAGAUGACUUAUCUGUAACAUCUUCUGACAAAACAUUAUUGAUUUGAACUACACUAGCAGACACUAAUAGACAGCAGUGAAAUCAAGGGGCCCAUACUAAACAUCAAAUUAGUAUUUGCAUAUCAGUAUCACAUGCAAAGACUAAGUAAUUCCAUUAUAUGAACUCCAGAAAAGAAAAUAAUUUAUGACUAAAAAUAAAGAACCAUUUUCUCUAGCAUAUAUUUAAAAACAUACUGAGAAGAUAUAUAUUUUUUUAAAUUGUGUAACCUUGCUAAUUUAGUAUAUGGCAAUCUGGAUUAUUAAUCACUAGCCUAUGGUAUAUUAAAAGGAAAGCAAGGUCCUGACUACUGUCCAACAAGCCAUCUACAUAGUAACUAGACUUUUUCUGACUUAGGCCUGAUGUAGCUUGCCCCAGACCACAUAACAAGCUCAAGAAGUAGCAGAGCCCCUCAAUAGUGCAAUAAAGAAAAUCAUUCAACCACUUACUAUUGUGUUUACAGAUGAAGAUCAUCAAGCAGCUGUAUCAGAUGACAGAACUGCUACAGUUUACACAUACUUUUGACAUUCAGGGACUAUUAAAGCAUAAAUGACAAAAAAAAAGCAUCAUCACUUCAAACAUGCUAAUAACUACCAUCAAACUAAAGUGAAAUGAAUGAUAAAGAAACUUAUAAUUAUAUUACAAAUAGGUCAUUGUCUCUUUUGUCUUUUUUUCUCAGUUUUGGUAAAAGGACAAGCAGUUAACACCUUCAUGUCUAAGGCUUGUUAGAGCUUCACCAGCAAAAGUGCACCACUAAAAUCAAUGCAACCUACAAUUGUUAUUGCAAAAUUAACUUCAAAAAUGGUGCUCACACUACAUAGCUGAUAAUGGAAAUGAUCAUAUCUUUAAUGUCUAAAUUGACCAAUUGUGAAUAACUGUUCACUGAAUGCACUUACCUGUCACAGACUAAAUGUUAGUUAAAUUACCUAUGUACAGUUAUCUCAGUACUUAUAACUUAUUCAAAAGUCUGUGAAAAUCAUUAUAACAAUGUACAUGUUUUUGCAUUCUUAUCUGAAAUACUGGGAAAUAAGUUCUUGAGGGUUAUACUGUAUAGGAAAAAUAUAAUGAGGACAUUACUCUAGCAAACUUCUGGUGAUGGAAAUACUGUGAUGCUCAGCCAUUCAUUAUGUUAAAAGAUUGAUAUGCUUCUUGUUAUUGGAUUAAAGACAUUUUACCGCGUACAAAUAAUUGUCUCAUUCCUUGAUUAACAUUGAGAAACUACGUAGUACUUAAAAAAUACAAAUGUUACAUCUUCUCACAGAUAACUGUAUUUGUAACAUUUAUCAAAUGAAUAUUUUAUACACUCAUAUAAACUAUAUUUAAGAAUAUUGUAGCCAAAAGUUUUACCAAUUAAUCCACAUGUAAUGUGAUUAAGUACACAAUUUUAAAGCGGUGGAAAUGUAAGCAAAUAGGUAAAUCAGAUAAGGAGAUGAAAAUCAUAAUACGAAACAGUAGUUUUGGUUGAAUUUUUACUUAAGGAAGAUAUAAUUUUUGUUAACUUGUUCAAGAUGAAAAUAACAUUAACAAUAUAAACAUAGAAACAUAGAAAAAAAUGUUUUUAUUAAAAAAAGGUAGUUGUGAUUGAGAAAGUACCACUUGAGCUGGUGAUGGAGACCAGAACUCUUACAGAAAGCCACAGACCAAGUAGAAUAAGUUCUUGAUGCUGUACAUGGAGAUGGUGGCCCAAGGUGUCUAUUUCAUGCUAUACAAUUCUAUACCUUAGCUGCUUCUAUUUGUAUCACAAAAUCAAUUGCAGAGCCUCAACAGCCACACAAGUCUAGCAAACAAGUUAGGAUUUAUACACCUACAGAUUUUCAAAAAUAAAAUCAUUAGUAUAAGCAUA